CCCCCGGUCAGCAGAGGAGGAGGGAGUAGGGGCGGGGCCAGCCCGGAAGGCCACGCCCUUCCCCCGCCUCCUGUACCUUUGGGUGCCAGCAGGCGGCUCCACCAAGGGAGAGCGGCACAAUCCUUAGGGCUCCGAGGACCCCUUUGAACUUGGUCUCAGCUCACUGCGGAGUUCCAGCCUUCGACGUGGUGUUCUCUGUACCGUUCAGCGUCGGCAUUAUUACAGCUCCUUUUGUGCUCUGGUUGUUUUUGUUCAGCAACCAGUAUCUAUUGCAGACCUACUAAGUGCUUGGUGCUAUCCUAAGUGUGGGCCAAUCAGUACUGAAUAAGGUGCCAUUAAGCAUGGAAGAGCCCACAGAUGUUGGAAUCGGGUUUAGUUCCCUCCGUUUCAUUAAUGAUCAUGUUGGAUUUCAGGGCACUAUAAAAACCUCACCAAGUGACUUCAUUGUUAUCGAGAUUGAUGAACACGGACAAUUAGUCAAUAAGGCCAUUGACGAAUCUGCUUAUGAAACUAAUAAAAUACAGUCCGAGCCAAGUGAUUUUGUCAAGAAGCCGAAGCUGCGUGUUGAGGAUGUACCCUUGGAACACGAAAGCAAUAAAGAAGUGACCAGUUUGAUUGGGUAUGUGGACAGUGACCAGAAUCACCUGUCUGGCCCAGAAAACGAAGACAGUGUCAAUGGUGUGAUUUCUAAGUGUGAAGAAGAAAGUAUUGAUUUAUUAAGUUCACUUUUAGAUGAAAAAACUCAGACAUUGCUGGAUCAGUUUGCCUGUGACAUCAAAGGGAUGUGGAAUUCAGAAACCGAAUCGAUAGCACCAUCUCUUGAGCUCUCCCUAGGCAGGAUCCUGGAUAAAAAGCAAAGGGCCGCUUUGCAUAGUGCUGUCAGGCAGAAGUUUCCUUUUUUGGCAACCGUAGGAAACAACAGUGAAGUUGUUGUGAAGCCGAAUCUGGAGUAUAAAGAGCUCUGCCAUUUGGUCUCUGAGGAAGAAGCACUUGGUUUUUUCAAAUAUUUGGAUGCAAAGAAAGAAAAUUCUAAUUUUACCUUUAAGCCAGACACAAGCAAAGAUCACAGGAAAGCCGUGCACCAUUUUCUAAAUAAGAGGUUUGGAAAUCUGGUGGAAACCAAAUCUUUUCCUGGGCAGAAUCAUAGCUCAGGAGACCCAAACACAGCCAUAACCGUGAGAUUCCGAGAAAAAGCACAGGGAAAGAGAUCUCGUCUCGAAUGCGAGAGAAGAAAAACUGUCUAUACAGCCUUUACCCUUCAAAAGGAAAAUCUGGAGAUGUUUGAAGCAAUCAGUUUUUUAGCCGUCAAACUUGGUGUUAUUCCUUCGGAUUUUAGCUAUGCGGGCCUUAAAGACAAGAAAGCCAUCACCUAUCAAUCAAUGGUUGUUAGAAAAGUGACUCCAGGGAGGUUGAAAAGUAUUGAAAAUGAAAUUAAGAAGAAGAGAAUGAAUGUGUUUAAUAUUCGGUCUGUAAGUGAUUCUCUCAGACUUGGUCAGCUCAAAGGGAAUCAUUUUGAAAUUGUCAUCAGAAAUCUAAAAAAUCAAAUAAAUGAUUCUACAAGCCUGAGAGAAAGAAUUUUGGAGGCAAUAGAAAAUGUUAAGAAGAAAGGUUUUGUGAAUUACUAUGGGCCACAGAGAUUUGGGAAAGGGAAGAAAAUUCAAACAGACCAAAUUGGAUUGGCUUUACUGAGGAGCGAAAUGGUGAAGGCCAUAAAAUUAUUUCUUACACCAGAAGACAUGGAUGAUCCUGUUAAUAAAGCAAAGAAAUACUUUCUUCAAACUGAGGAUGCUAAAGGCACACUUUCACUGAUGCCUGAGUUCCGAGUUCGAGAGCGAGCUCUGCUGGAGUCAUUGCAUCGCUUUGGCAUGACAGAGGAAGGCUGUGUCCAGGCCUGGUUCUCUUUUCCUCAUUCCAUGCGCAUAUUCUACAUCCACGCAUACAGUAGCAAGAUUUGGAAUGAGGCAGCAUCUUACAGACUUGAAACCUAUGGCGCCAAGGUGGUGAAGGGGGACCUGAUCUGCUUGGAUGAAGAUGCUGGCGAGCAUUUCCCAAGCAGUAAAGUUCAUCUGGUGACUGAAGAAGAGGAAUCAGCUAACACGUAUGCAAUACAUCAGGUGGUUCUGCCAGUACUUGGAUACAAGGUUCAGUACCCGGAGAACAAGGUGGGACAGUGGUACCGCGGCGUCCUCAGCAGGGAUGGACUGCAGUCCUGCAGGUUUAGGAUGCCCGCCCUGAAGCUGAAUGUGCCAGGAUGCUACAGGCACAUCUUGAAACACCCCCACAAUGUGUCACACCGACUGGUCCUUGCUGACCCCGAGGUUGAAGUGGAAGGUUCCCACACUGAUGAUGCAACCUCAUCUCUGUCCAUGUCCUUUGAUCUUGACGCUUCUUGCUAUGCCACAGUUUGUCUGAGGGAGAUGAUGAAGGGUGACAUUUAAACCAGCACAUCUGAAAAAAGGAUAGCCAUGGCUUCCAGGGCUCUGGCUUGAUUGAGCUUCGUGACUGUUGUCUCCUUCAGUUUUCACAGUAUCCCAAGAGGUUGGAAUUUGAUGUAUUAAAGUAAGUGUCUUAAGUUUUAAGCUAUAUGAGCACAGUCUUUAAGGUCCUGCUGCAGGAAUCUUGGCUGCAGUUAUGAAAGCUCCAGGCCGUAGAGCAGUACUGUGAGCCGUGACUGCUGAGCAUCACACUUAAGAGAGAUGCAGAGAAAACGCUCUUCGCUCUGCUUAGAAAGGUGACAGUGAAACCAUGGUGACAGGACGAGGGGAGCAUUUCACUGCUGCUGCUAUCCUUUCUGGUUUGAUGUGCUGGUCACAAGAACACUGUUCUUAAAAUAACUGAUUUAUGAGAUCAUCUUUGAGGAAGACUAAAAAUUUUAACUAAAAAAUUUUAUACUAGAGCACUCAGGAGCCAGAGGCAGGCAUAUCUCUGUGAGUUCAAGGCCAGCCUGGUCUACAGAGCUAGUACCAGGACAGCCAGGGAUACACAAAGAAACCCUGUCCCCCAAAAAAUUUUUAUACUAGUUUUUUACAUGAUCCCCUAACUUUUUUGUUAUGUUUUCUAUCACCUAAAACUUGAAUUUUAAAGUCAUAUUUGUACUCACAUUCCUUUUCUCACACACAUCCAGUGACAUUGGAUAUGGUGUUGAUUAUUUUUGUAAAUAAAGACAUUAUCAGUUUCCUGAGUCA